AGUGUAGACAUACCACAUGUCAAUUGCUCGAGGUCACACAGGAUGUCUGUGACAGAAGAGAGCAGGCACACUAACCCCUGUACCAUCCUUCCUCUUCUUGUCCAGUUAUCGCAGCUGCAGAAAGUCUUAGAAAUUGCCUGUCUUCCCUCUGUAGGGUCUGUGUAUGAGAUCUCAGGCAGUGAAUGCUGCCUGUCAACAGGAGACCUGCUGAAAAUUGUUGCUAUUCAACUGCAGAGGGUCACCUGCGAAAAUGUGGAGACUGGGCAGUCAACAGAGCUGCCGCUGAACUUUACAGGUCAUUUCAAGCUCAGCCCAGACGAGCAGCCUUUUACAAGCCUGGAGGAGUUUGCCAAAACCAGACCAGCUGGGCUCCAGGCCAUGCCAUGCUACUUCAGCUCCGCAGCUGACUUGAGCAUAGAUGGGCAAAUCAUUCCAAAGGGCCAGUCUAUUUCCUUGACAUCAGUGACUACCCAUGAGGGCGGAAAGUAUGCUUCCUGCACAACCAAUGGGCCCAGGGGGCACCAUGCUUUCUGGUUGCCUUUCUCCUUUAGGGGCUUAUUCUAUCCAUACAGGGAGCAGCACCACUACACAUUGAGCCAGGCAUUGCAAGCAAAAGAGCUGUGGGGCCAGCACCUGAAGUGCUCCAAACUUGGCACACACAACUUCCUCCUUUGCCCAGAGUAUGAAGUGCAGGCAAUAAUGCACAUGCGGAAGGACGUGGUGAAAAUUCCCUCCUCCCUGGAAGUGGAUGUGGAGGAUGUCACAGAGGAGUCCCAGCACAUCCACUUUAUUAAGCCACUGAUGCUGAGUGAGGUGCUGAAGUUGCAGGAUAUCUAUCCUGUGCAAGCUGAGAUUCUGGAUGGGCCUAAUUACCCCCUCAUCUUUGAGAAUGACUGGAUUGCCCGCUUGCAUAAAGGACAGAAGAUCCAAAUCCACAGUAAGGUCUGUGCCUGGAGGAUUCUGGCAUCCUCCAGGAAGGGCUCCCACCACUUCCUGCUCUCCAGCACCUACCAAGGCAGGUUCCGGAGACGUCCCAGAGAGUUCCCUACUGUCUAUGACUUAGCAAUGAGCCUGGGGUCAAGCAAGCACCUGCGUGUAGUAGUUACCAGGGACUGUGAAAGCAAUGAGGAGGACCUACCGUCACUCAGCGUAGGGGACCGAUUGGAAGUGCUGCGCCUGGUCAAGGGCAAUAUGCAGAAUCAGGCAGAGCACCAAGCCACUGAUGUCCUUCUGUGCAGCCGGAGCAGUGGUGACGAAGAAGAGGAUGAUGAAGAGAAUGAAGAGCUUUUGCUGCCAAUGUACCUGAAUGGCGGCUUUGUGGAAGAGAUGGCAGACAGCAAGAAGUAUACCCUUCCUGAGAUAGUAGAACAGUUUCAACUGCCCUGUGAAGUCCGGAUGGUAGUCAAGGACUCCUCUCUUGCCCCUGACAUCCUGGGCUCCUACUCCAUGCUGCGGCUAGAAGCACAGAUCACCGAGACUUUCUUAGUGACCAACUUGUGUGAGGAGCCAGAUGCAAGCUUUGAAAUCCCACCCCAGUGGCUGGACAUGUCCGUGUUCCUCACAGAAGAGCGUGUCCCAGUGCAAACCCACCUGACAGACAUGUCAAAGAUUGAAGUGCUGACUGAAUCCUUCUACUAUCAGUUGGUGAGGCUGCUGCCUAGCACUGUAGUUGCCCCACCACGGCCCCCCAAGAGGAGAGAGUGUAAGAACAAGACAGGCCCUCAGAAAACCAAAGAAGAAAAGGUCCCUGAGAAACCAAAGCAGCUACCUCCUAGGCCCAAGCCAAAGUAUGCACCACAGGAGCCUCUGAACCUCAAGCCAAGCAAGAUGCAAAGUAACCCUAUUGCCAGGAGCACCCCAAAUGAGUAUGACACACAGCCCUGUUUGCAGAAGCCGCACAUGCCCAAAAGAGUCCUGAAAGAUGAUGGUGCAAAUUCCAGUGACAGUUCAGAACACGACUAUGAAGUAAUUGAAAACGAUGUUAAAAAAACAAUUCACAAAAUGGCGAGAGCUUUUCAUUGGUAAAGGCCCAGCCUCCACGAAUGUGACAGGAAGCUUUCCUACUCAAAAACUAGUUCCAGCUCUUAAAAUUAACUAGGGUUUUCAUUUGCAAAGUGUUUGACUGCAACCUUGGGAGUUCUAAGAGAGCUGCUGCCAGAGACAGAGACAAUUACCGGUGCAGUGCAAGCAGCCCAUGCCUUCCGAAACCCAUCUUCUAUACUAAGCAGUCAUCUAUUCCAUUGUGCACUGAAUAAGCAGUGUCCCAAGAAGGACAACCUGGAAACCUCUGCUGUAGACUGGAUGGAAGGCUUCUCCUCCAUUGAUCCCUUAGCAGGCCCAACACAUCUGCUUUCAGCGUAGUCUCCUCAGGUGACUUCAGCAUCUCCAAACCUUGACAAGCUCUAUGCUUAUGCUGAGGAAAACACCCCUUUGUGCUCAGCAGGCAGACUGAACAAAACACUGGUCAGGAGUAUGAGAGCGCAAUACUGCGUUGGCCCAAGCAAGCACUGCUUUGAUACACUUCGGAAGCGACAAAAGCCAAGAUACUCAAGACAGCAUUACACACAACUUUAUUAACUACCAAACAGAUGAUUCAUCAUCUUCAUCCUUGCUCUAGACUAUACACUUCUGAGACUUGCCACUACUAUUAAUAGUCUUUGACAGUAUUUAUCCUCAAUCUGCAUCGCUUUAUAACAAGCUCCCAUUACCAAUAUGGAAAUGCAUCCUCUUAACUGCAGGCACUCAUCUACAAGUUAUGGGUCAGCAAUAAGUAAUCUGCAUGGAUAGCCAAGAGGCGCUUCCUAAAGGAUCAACAUGAUGCUCUAUGUUUGUUCAUUAUUGUGAUAAUCACCUUCGCAGGGCCUAAGUUUUUAAGCCCAAAGUUAGACUAAUCAAUAAAGUCACUGCAUUUUGGAGGUGUUGGGCAGUUAUGCUCCUGUUAGUAUCCAUGGGAUUUAUGGGAACUCACUCCUAUAGAAAAUCAGGUGCUUUAUAUUUAGAUGCCUAGCUUUGGAUCCAAGAGUCUAAUUUUAGGCACUCACACUGGGAAUUUAGGCCUCUAGUAAUCUUCUGCAAAGAGCUGUUUCAGGGGCAGCAAGCAGUUGUAUGAGGUCAGACUGGGGUUUUUAUCAAGCUUCGCAUGCCUAAAGCUGGGACUCUCACACUUUUACGUAACUGAAGAACUGCCCUGGGUUGGUGCAGUCUAAACAAACACUGUAUUUGAAUGGUCUUCAAUCAUAAAAGGCUUUUAUCUAAAAUGUACUAUGAGGAAAGAUGGAGUAUUUUUUCCAAUAGGAAACUGCUCAAGAAGUUACUAGUUUUGUAUCCUUGUGCACAGCCUAAGACACAAAACCAAACACUGAUCAGUAAAAAUAAAGAUUCCAGAGCUCCCUAUUCAAUGAGCAUUGCCAAGUGAAUGAGUCAGGAGCCCCGAGAUAUGUAGUUAAUAUUCAUACAAGUUGCAAUUACACUGUGAUGUACCUGUGGCAGGUUAGGGUGUUAUAUCUUAUGGUUGUCAUGGCUGAUGCUGUAGUUUUACUAACUGGUUGGACAAUGGAUUUGGA